AAUCAAACCCGAUUUUGAUUAUUUCUUUCUUCUACGCAAUUGAGAACUUCUUUCUUCCACCUGCUGACUGCUUCAUCUUUUUUUCUCUCUCUCUAAAUUAGAGAGAAAGCUUCAUGAAUUCCAAUAAUGGACAUUAUACUGCUUCUCAUCAACAAUUAAGACCUGAAUCUAUAUCUGUAUUCAUUGAAGGGAUUAAUUUGAUUCUUUCUAGAUGGAUUGGACUUCAACUUGCCAUCAAAAACGAAUGGAGUGGAAGAGAUUCUCGUCAGAAAUCAGAACAAUUUGUGAACGAUAUCUUCUCUUGGUUUUCUUUAUCUAAAGUACCAUUAUAUGUUGAUGAUUUGGAACACAUGUUGGAUGAGAAAAUGUUGCUUACUUUUAAUACCGAGAUCGAUGAUGGUAGCAUUGAAGAAGUAGCAGAAGAGUUGAUAAUAGUUUAUGAAGAUUGUUUGCAAGGCAGUCAUGAGUCAGUAGAAAAACUUAGGAAAUCUAAUUCUGGGGCAGAAUUUGUGUCCCAACACAAACAGGCAUCCAUCUAUACGUUGUCUUAUUAUUACUCGACUCGGAUUUGAUUUCUUGAUCAUUAUGACACCUUGCCGACCUCUUUAUCGGGCUAUAAAGUCAUGGUGGACUGAACUAAAACAAUGUUGACUUUUUCCGAUUUGUGUCUUUCUUUCGAUAGAUAACUGCUGGACAUCGAGGCAUAAGCUAGACCUUAAUGAUGAAGUGGUUAUGUAUUAUAUUUAUAUACAAGUAAUAAAAUGCCGGAGAGGGAAGUAGUUGAUGAAGAAACUGCCGCAUGAAGUUUACUUACAUUGAGGGAGAGUCGUCAGAUGUAAAGAUCUUUUUUUUCUUUGUAAAUUACAUCAAUUUUUAGGGAACUAUAUGUAUGUGAUCCAAUGCAUGGCUGAUCUAACAUAAGAUCUUCAAAGAAAAUAUUUACUUCCUCCA